ACCUGACAUUGACCACAAUGACACGCUUUUUAAUAAUCUUUGCUACUAUUUUCGAUUACAUCUAUCAUAAUCUAGAUUAUUUACACAUGAUUCAAAGAAUUCAAUCCAGAAAACCAUAAUAAACUCUUCCACUUCAGCUCAACAUGGCGGACUAUGGACUCGGUUCUCUGGACCCUGCUGGAUCACUUGCAGCUGCAGGAGCCUUGUCACAGCCAGCAGAGAAGUACGUCAACAAUCCUGACCUUGAGCUGGCCUGGGCAUCAAAGGCCUUCCAACAUGCAGAAGUCUAUUUUAAUCUCAUAUCAGCAGUGGACACUACAUGUCUGAAACUUACUGGGAAGAUGGAUGAGGAAAUCUACACAGAGUUCAGAAAAGACUUUCCUGACCUGCAUGUAGCAGCUGUUACUGAGGAUGAGCUGAAAUCAGAAGAAGCAAAAUCAAAGUGGCGGCCUUUCUGCAACAAGUUUGAAGGGAAGGUGGAAGAUUUUAACUACGGAACUCUUCUGAGACUUAGGUCUGAUCAGGACUACUCAGAAGAAAAUUCCUGUAUAGUGCCAAGAAUCCAAUUCUAUGCCAUGGAGAUUGCCAGAAACAGGGAGGGUCACAACCUUGCAGUAUGGAAGAAGACAAAAGAGAAAGGAACUUCAGAAGACACUGCACAGAAACAGUCAUGACUAGCAGAUAUUACAUGUGCUAUAACUGCCUAUUAUGUGUGAAUGUAUUGCUAACUGUACUGUUGUUUAGGAUUCCACAUUACUUUCCUAAAUUAGCAUAGCUAAAAUACUGUUUUUCAUUUUUAAAAUAUGCAUCCACCAUUGUAUAUGUUCAAACAGCAAUCAACAAGUUUUAGUAUGCCCAGUUA